AUGGCUGCCUCUUACUCGGACAGCCAGAGUGUUUUCAAUGCGAGGGUAGAUGCCAGCGGACUCACAAAGGAGGAUGCCACGAAAAUCAAAGCCGCGGUGUCUUCACUGAGACAGCUGGCGUUCAUCUCCAGCUUCACCCCAGGUCAAGCCGAUGAAUCCCCGUUGAUGGCCGCACUGAAGCUCAUGCUUGGGAGGGAUGCGGAACUUGGUGUCCAGGCCAGCUUCCGAGCCCUGUACCACGAGUCCUACGCCGUUGUCACUUCUGAGCUGCGCCAAAAGAUCGAGAAGUCCGAAGAGCCAGCAAGCAGGCGCCUGACACAACCCGAGCGAGCCGAGAGGUUCGAGAAGCAGAAGAAGAAGCUCGUUGGAGUCUCCAUCAAGGGCUCGAGCGAGCCUAGCGAGGCCUUGGUAGAGCUUCGCUAUCUGUCUUGGGAAAUAUGUACUUCAAGAGAGCAAGAAGUGGGCUCAGACCGACGCCGUGACACCCGCUUCACCGUCGACGAGCACACUGGGCGUCUGAAGGUUGAAAACAAGGAUGCGGAGCAGAAAGCGGUCACAUCUUCCGAGGUUCAUGUCAUGCAGGCGUUGCAGCGCCGCUCCCUUGCCAUGGACCAAGCCAACCUUGUCGAGUACGCGACCACGCAACAGUGGAGUGAUCGUUUGAUGCGUGCACGCAUGCAGGAAGCCCCGGCUGGGUAUGUUCGGCCAACCUGGGCUCAACUCGUGGCUGCGGACAAGAAGCUCUUCAGCGAGUUGCGAGACAUGACCCGUGACGGAGUGCAAUCCUCUGGUGGAGCCAGGCCCUUGGACACGCACCUCCAGACUGUCAUGAAUUCUUUCGAUGUCGUGUGCUUGAUGCAGCCGCUUCCUUCUGCCUCUUCUCGAUCCCUUGAUGAAGGGAAGGAGUUGGAGCGACCCGAGCGCCCCGGUCCCUACGGCCCCCGCAAGCCUCGCAAUCCCAAGGGCCAGGGCAAGGGCAAAGGAAAGACCAAAGCUCCCGGGAUGCCAGCGCAAAUGGUGGCGUGGGGGUGCGUGUCUGCCACGAAGAAAGGGAAUCCGUACUGCUACGGUUUCCAGCUCGGCACUUGUGCCAAUGAGGUCAAGAACAAUGCGUGCCAGAGGGGCCUCCACGCAUGCGCCAUCCCGAAGUGUGGGCAGCAUGGCCACGGUCAGGGACAGCCUGUGCAGGAUGCCGUUGAGCAACCUUGCAGCAAUCUCAAGAUUUCUUCUAGAUCGGAUGCAGUUUGGCAACCGACCCCCGAUGCAGCGAAUGCCGAAGUGCAAUCACUGCCGCGUGACAGUCCGAAGCUUUCUGGUGGAUCGGAUGCUAGCCGGCAACCGAACCUCCAGGCCCUGCGGAUCGCUCCCGCCCCUGAGGGCGAGGCGACCCCAAAGCAAACUUCUUCUAGUCCCAAAUCUGCCACCCUUUUGCAUGCCAUUGAAACCUUCGAUUCACUCCCCGAUGUUGCCGUUUCACGCACUCCCCAUGCCGUAAGGGAUAAGGUUCAGAAGUCCUUCUAUUCGGGGAUGUACCGCCGGGGCCCCCUUGUAGGCUUGCGAUCUUCGGUCGCCCAAUUCCCCGAGGCUGUUAAGGUGUUCACCCGGCUGAUUGCGGAGGUGUCCCCCGCUCACCAGUUCAGCAGCUUUGUUAUCCUUGAGGGAUCCGAGAUGGGAAUUCACCGCGACGCCCAAAACGCUUGCCUGCCCAACCUUGUUAUCCCCUUGACCCGCUUUGAAGGAGGCGAACUCGCGGUCGCGGACCCCGAGGGACAUGUGGUCUCUCAUGGAGGCCAGUCAUUCCGUGCGCGGCUUUGUGAUUUGGGACGGGGUCCCAUUGCCUUCAAUGCUCAAGGGUUGCAGCAUGCAGUGAUGCCGUUCAAGGGCCGCCGCCUUGUGUUGAUUGCUUAUUGCCUCAAAAAUGUUGCAUCACUCGACGGGGCCUCUUGUCGGGCCUUGCGCGCUUUGGGCUUCCGACUUCCAGCUAAGCCCUGGCCCCGCACUGCAAGAAGCCGCCGCCUCGGAGGGGAUUCUGGGCCUUCGACUGCCAUGAGCGACUCUGCAGCCUUGCCGGCCGUCCGGCCGCAAAAACUGAUGUUCCUCGAGUUGUGCUGUGGGUCCGCUGGCCUCUCCGCGGCGUUUCGAGCCCUGGGGUUUCAGGUCUUGGCUGUCGACCAUCCUGGCAACCGCCAUGUUCCUUUGGUGCAUUGUGUGCAUCUUGACUUACGCUUGGAGUCUUCGUGGCGCUACCUACGCCGGCUUGUGCAGGCCCGGCAGGUCUUCCUCAUUCACGUUGCGCCUCCCUGUGGCACGGCCUCGCGGGCACGCGGCAUCCCGAUCAAAGGGCAGCCAUCUCCGCCCGCCCUUCGCAGCGAGGCCUUCCCUGCGGGGCUGCCCGGCCUUUCCCCCUCGUGGCAGGCCAAGGUCGACUCUGCUAACUCGAUAUACCGUCGCGCUGCGCGUUUCUGUGCUUGGCUGCUUGAGGAGGCGCCCCACACUCACUUCUGCGUGGAGAACCCUGCUCGCUCCUACAUGUGGUUGCUGCCUGAGUUCCUUGACUUGCGUCCUCGUUGUUCUGUUGUGCCUUAUGACGCCUGCAUGCACGGGGGCGCGCGCGCUAAGCAUCAGGAGCUGUGGACCUCUCUGCCCGAGUUGUCCGCCCUUGCCCGCCAGUGCGACAACUCACACCCUCACCGCCCUUGGGGCAUCCUCCCUUCCGGGGAUUUCUCAACUGCCGAUGAAGCCGAGUAUCCCGAGGUGUUUUGCACUCGGUAUGCUUCCGCGGCCUCGCUGGCCCUGGGUUCCUCUCAUGCUAUGCCUUCUCCGUCCGGCCUCUCGAAUGAGUCGGCCCGCACGGCCACACACAAGCAGCCACGCACAUCUAAGGCUGUUGUCUUGAUCGAUGAGUACCAUUACCAGGUCACUGUCCCCCUCCCGUCCGGCCAGUUGCCUGCGCUUGAUGACAAGAACUGCUUGUGCGCUGCUUUGGGCCCCGUGCCUGUCGGUUCUAAGGUUCUCCGGGUUAAUUUUGAAGAGGGGGUGGUUUUCCCGAAGCGUCCUCGACCCGACAGGAAUCUGGCAGAUCAGGUCUUGAUGGCUGGCCACUCUGCUGUGGCAUCAAUCACUUGUGGUGUGUACCGGGACCCCUUGCAGUUUGCCAAGCUUUCCCUUACCCUAACACACCCCUUUGACGUAGCCACAGCCCUACCUGACCAGGCCUUGACCGUUCUCGCCAGGGUGCUCCUCGAUGGUCCUUUGACUGUUGUUCGACGCAGGUUGGACCUCUACCUCACCUGGAGGAAGUGGGCUCAGGAGUUGGAGGGGCGCGAGGAACAACUGCACGCGUCCCUCCACCCUUCCGUGGCAAGCGUGGUAAGAGGUAAGAAGCUCCUCCUCCUUGACAGGAUUGCCAAAUCCUUGGACUGGCCCGAUGAGCACUUGCACCACGACCUCACGCAUGGCUUCCGGCUUGUGGGGGAGGAAAAGCCUAGCGGUGUUUUUCCUCUGGACCCUAAACCGGCAGAACUAACUGUGGACGGCUUGAUGGAACCAGCUGAGGUCUUGAAGCCCCUCUUGUGGGAUAAGAUAGCCCAAAGCCCGGCAAAUCCUCACGAGCAAGAGCUUUUCGACAUCACGCAUGCUGAGUAUUCGGAGAAGGGGUGGCUGGACCCAGCUCGGUCCUGGGACGAACUCGAAGACCACUUCAAGGGCUCAUGGGUCCCUGCCCGUCGAUUUGCAGUGGAGCAAAGAGGGAAGCUAAGGCCCAUCGAUGACUUGGCCGAGAAUGGGGUCAACAGUGCCUUUGCCCCUUGUGACAAGCUCACGCUCCGAGCCAUCGACGAGAUUGUUUGGACUGCAGCCUUCAUCAUGCGCGCCCUGAUUUGCAAAGGCUCUGUGCAUGUCCCACUCUCCACGGGGGAGGUGAUCUCUGGUCCACUCCAUCCGUUCUGGGCUUCCAACACCUCUCGGGCACGUCCGCUUGUGAAAACGGUGGAUCUUAAAUCCGCCUACAAGCAGCUUCCCCUUCACCCGUCGGACCACCGUCUGUGUGUCGUGAGCUUGCGUAGACCGUCUGAUUCCCGUGUGGUGGGGUAUGUUUCAAAGGUGUUACCUUUCGGCGCUUCCGCCAGCGUCACGGCCUUCAACAGGGUGGCCCGUUUGCUCCAGAGAAUCCUGCAGGAAGCCUGGGUAAUGACAAGCAACUACUUCGAUGAUUAUCCCUUGCUGGAGUUGUCUGCACUUGCCGGGAGUUGUGAGAAGACCGUGCACAACAUCCUGUCCCUCCUCGGCUUUACUCGAGCCGCUGACAAGGAGGAAGACUUCGCUCCUUCUGCAAACCUCUUGGGUGUCACCCUAGACCUGUCUGACCCCACCCUUAAGCAUGUCAGAGUUGCAAAUCGCGAGGACAAGUGCACCGAGAUGUCCGCCUCCAUUGACCAAGUGCUUGACAAGGGUUUUCUUAAGGCUUCCGAGGUCGCAUCUUUGUUCGGGCGCAUUCAGUUCAUGGAAGGCCAGCUGUUGGGGAGGUUGGGGCGUUUGGCCCUUAUGGAGCUUAGGUCCCUGUGCUCCUCAAAUGGGGAGUUGCGUCUUGGCAAGUUCGAGUGCGAUGCUUUCCGAAAUCUUAAGCAGCGCUUGGUUUCGGGCCCUCCUCGGGCAAUCCCCACGGCGAUACCGAGAGGGUGUGCUUGCGUCUUCACCGACGGGGCAUGCGAGUUUGAAGACGGCCAUCCUGUCUGCACCAUAGGCGGCAUCCUUUACCACUACCAGGAGGGAAGUUGGAACACCCGCUUCUUCGCGUGCAGGAUGCCCGCCACUCUUGUUCAAAAGUGGAGCAAUGCCGGCAAGCGCCAUUUGAUUGGACCCGUUGAGUUAUUUGCAGUUGUCGUCGCCAGGCGGCUAUGGGGGUCUUACUUAGAUUCAUCAAGGGCCUUGUUUUUCGUGGACCACUCAGGUGUUCAUGCCGCUUGUGUGAGUGGGACCUCCAGGGACACUGUGUGGCGAUCACUGCUUGUCGAGUUUGAGCGGGCCGAUGCAGUGCCCAUGAUUGGUUGGAUAGCACGUGUGCCAAGUCCUAGCAAUCCUUCGGACGCUCCCUCAAGGGGCUCGUCAAACUUUCCUUUCUGGGGCACCUGCUCUCGUGAUCACCCUUCAUGCUGCAUGUCAGGCGAACUCCUGAGCCCGCUUGAGUUGAAGAGGGAUGUCUAA